AUGGAUCUCAGUGGCAAUUCUCUUACGUCCGCCGCACCUGACGGGGUCAAGAGAAGAGUAUGCUAUUUCUAUGAUCCAGAGGUUGGGAAUUAUUAUUAUGGCCAGGGCCAUCCCAUGAAGCCACAUCGUAUCCGCAUGACACACGCCCUUCUUGCCCACUAUGGAUUGCUUCAGCACAUGCAGGAUCAUAUGAGACAACUCAAACGCUUUAAUGUUGGUGAAGAUUGUCCUGUCUUUGAUGGCCUAUACUCUUUCUGUCAAACUUAUGCCGGAGGUUCAGUUGGUGGGGCUGUCAAGUUGAACCAUGGUCAAUGUGAUAUUGCUGUCAACUGGGCUGGUGGCCUGCAUCAUGCCAAGAAGUGCGAGGCUUCUGGAUUUUGCUAUGUUAAUGAUAUAGUCCUUGCAAUCUUAGAACUUCUUAAAAACCACGAGCGUGUUCUAUACGUGGACAUUGAUAUCCACCAUGGAGAUGGUGUGGAGGAAGCUUUCUACACUACCAAUAGAGUCAUGACUGUGUCUUUCCAUAAAUUUGGUGAUUAUUUUCCUGGUACCGGGGACUUGCGUGAUAUUGGAUAUGGAAAGGGAAAAUACUACUCUCUUAAUGUUCCACUUGAUGAUGUAGUUCUCCAGUGUGGUGCAGACUCUUUAUCAGGAGACAGGUUGGGAUGUUUUAAUCUUUCAAUUAGGGGUCAUGCAGAGUGUGUCAAAUACAUGAGAUCGUUCAAUGUUCCCCUCUUGCUACUAGGGGGUGGUGGCUACACCAUCCGGAAUGUUGCUCGCUGCUGGUGCUAUGAGACUGGAGUUGCUCUUGGAAUAGAAGUUGAUGACAAAAUGCCAGAGCAUGAGUAUUAUGAAUACUUCGGCCCAGAUUAUACUCUUCAUGUUGCCCCAAGUAACAUGGAAAACAAAAAUACUCGACUUUUACUUGAUAGUAUCCGAUCUAAGCUACUUGAGAAUCUCUCAAAGCUGCAGCAUGCUCCCAGUGUUCAAUUUCAGGAAAGACCUCCUGAUUCUGAUCUUGGAGAGGAAGUUGAAGAUCAUGAUGAGAGAGAUGAGCGUUGGGAUCCGGAUUCUGACAUGGACAUUGAUGUUGAACGCCAUAUUCUCCAAAGCAAAGUAAAAAGAGAAAUUGUUGAACCUCAGCUCAAUGAUAUGGAGGACCUGAGAAGAACUAGAGAGCAGUUGAGGGCCUCCGAUACUGCAGUAGUUGAAACAAGCGGGAAGGCUUUAGAUAUUUGUUCUAAGCCAACUGAUGAAGAUAGUGUGAAAGAUGAAGAGAAUACUGCGAUUGAUUUGGCCAGAGAGAUGGAUCUGAAGUGA